UAAAAUCUUGAAGUUGACUGGGAAUUAACACUUCAAAAGCAAGAGGGUUAUUCUUCUCCUUAGAAGUUGCUUUUCAUUCUUAGCCUUCAAAAUGAUCACUCGUUUGGCUCUCCUUUUCUUUGUUCUUAUGACUAUGUUGACUUCGCAUGAAUGCUGGGAUAUAUGCAGAAGAGGGUAUGAAGACCCACCACCACCACCAGCAGCUACAAGGAAUGGAAAUAGAUAUGGAACAAAUGCAUGGCCACACCUAAAAUGUAUACCAGGAAAAGUGGAAGGCCAUACGUGCUGGUGUUGUGCUACUACUUCUGGAGUUGGAUGUUUCGCUACUAUGGCUGAGUGUCUUUUCAACAAGAAAUGUGAUGUUUAUCGUGGUCCACCUGCUGGAAUACCCUAACUAGCUAUUUGCAUGUAUUUCGAGUUAUAUUAGAUGAAAUGAAUGACAAAUAAUGUUGAAGUGGUAUGACUUUAUAUGUGGUUUGAUCAAGAAGUGUGGUGAGACGAUUGAGAUCUCUUAUCCUUAAUUAGACGUCUUGAUUUUAAAUUCUGAAAAUAAAAUACCUUUCGAUAAAAAA